AUUUGAAAACUCUGAAACAGGGGAGAAUGGAGGAAGAUGGCCGGCGCUCCGGCGCCGGUGAUCGGCGGAAGCCGCUAAGAGAUGUAUAGAUAGAUAUAUAUAUAUAGAGAGAGAGAGAUUCCGUUUGCAUAGUAAUGAAUGUAUCGACCGAUAAGAACUAAACGUUUAUAAGGAAGCCUCCAAAUUUCCGCCAUUGAUGUGAUCAACGUUUGUAAAUCAUAAAAUAGAAACCCUAUUUAUCUUCGUCUUCAAUUUACUUUCUCUUUCAAAUUCAUUCAAGUUCAUAAUGGUGGAAUCAUCGGACAAGAAGAAAAUCAACAGUUUCAACUGUUGUUUCCCUGUAGAUCAUGAUCGAUCAUUCAGGAAUAGUUUCAGAAGUUCUAGAAGCAAUUCUGAUAAGAUCUCUAAGAUAACCAGGAGCAUUUCUACAGGUUCAUCAGAAGAUUUGAUUGUGAGAAAAGGGGUGUUUAAUGAGAAGAGGAAACCAUUGGUUGUUUGUUUCGGAGAAAUGUUGAUAGAUUUCGUGCCAACCGUAGCAGGAGUUUCACUUGCAGAAGCUCCGGCUUUCAGGAAGGCUCCUGGUGGUGCUCCGGCUAAUGUUGCGGUUGGAAUCGCAAGAUUAGGAGGAUCAUCGGCCUUUAUUGGCAAGGUAGGAGAUGAUGAAUUUGGUCAUAUGUUGGCGGAUAUUCUAAAACAGAACAACGUGGAUAACUCUGGAUUACGUUUUGAUCAAAUCGCUAGAACUGGGCUUGCUUUUGUUACUUUAAGAGCUGAUGGAGAACGAGAAUUCACUUUUUAUCGUAAUCCAAGCGCUGAUACUCUUCUUUCUGAAGCAGAUCUCGAUAAAAGCUUAAUCAAGAAGGGAACCAUAUUUCAUUAUGGCUCGAUCAGUUUGAUAUCAGAACCGUGUAAAUCAGCUCAUCUUGCUGCAAUGGAAAUUGCGAGAGAUUCUGGUUGUAUCCUCUCUUAUGAUCCAAAUCUAAGACUUCCUCUCUGGCCAUCGGAGAAAACAGCUCGCGAAGGCAUUAUGAGUAUUUGGAAUCAGGCUGAUAUAAUUAAGGUAAGUGAAGAAGAAGUCGAGUUCUUAACUGAAGGAGGCGAUGCUUUUGACGAUGAUUUGGUGUUAAAGAAGCUUUACCAUCUUAAUCUUAAGCUUUUGAUUGUUACUCAAGGUUCAAACGGUUGCAGAUACUAUACAAAGGGAUUUAAAGGAAGGGUUUCGAGUAAAAAAGUUGUUGCAGUAGAUACAACCGGAGCUGGCGAUGCAUUUGUCGGUGCGUUGCUGAAUAGUCUAGCAGCCGAUUCAGAUUGCUACAUGGAUGAGGAGAAACUAAAGGAAGUUCUUAAAUUUGCUAAUGGAUGUGGAGCUCUAACAGCAACAGAGAAAGGAGCUAUUCCUGCUUUACCCACAAAAGAUCGAGUUCUCCAAUUCUUGGAGAAUUCACCAAACAUUUGAUAAA